AUGAAGAGACUGCUUUCCUCGCCUACCUUCAUCACAACCACCACCACCAACAACAACAAGUUCGGAAAUGUUUGGGCAAAAUAUGGUUUGCCAUUAUUGAUCACAACAAACUCAUUACGAAAUAGCGAUAAACAAAAUAUUAGAGAGUUUUCGGGUUGUACAAUCUCAAUGAAAAAAAAGGGACAUGGUGGAGCAGUGGUUAAAUCUAAGAAAAAGCGAAUACAGCAAAGCUUCUUUGUGGACGGAGAUGAUGACUUUGUUCUGUUUGAAUCCUCUUCACAUUAUGAUGGUGAUAUUGGAGAUGAAAGUGCAUUCUUUCAUCCCAUGAUGGGCAUGGCUCCAGAUUUAUUUGACCAAGCAUUCCAAUAUGACAGAGAGCACCAAAAUCAUGACAGUGUCGCGAUUAAUUGGCAUGAGGAAAAAGAUCAUCAUGAAUUGGUUAUUACAUGUCCUGGACUUACAAAAAAGAGUGCAAAGGCAACGUUUGAUAAAUCAGAUAACAGUAUUGUGAUAAAAGGAAAAUUAAAGCCGAUCGCAAGUCAUAUCGAGAGUGUAACCUUUCACAGAAGAGUUUCACUACCAGAUAAUGUAAAUUUUAAUGAAAAGCCAUAUAUUACAGACAUUAAUGUUGAAAGGUCGGAGUAUAGUGACCAUGAAGGAAUUUGUGUAAUCAUUGCAAAAACUGGAUUUGAGUCAGCUCGUUCUCACGAGAGUACCUCUGAAAGUGACAACUCUAUAGAUGAUGAAAUCAACGACAUGUUCGAAAGCUCACAACACUUCUCUGAAGAGUCGGAAGAUUUACCACAUUCUCAUGUCAAGGCUAAACCAAAGAAAAAGUCUAAAAAGUCAUCCAAGUCAUCGAAAAAGACAUUCGAUGAAGAUUUUGUUAUUGACGCUCAAUUUAUUGAGAAAUGUGCAUAA